CUCUAACCAAGCAAAAUGGAUUGGCGCUGCUAGGCUCGCGUCCCCCACGGCUUUGAAGGGGCCGUCGAGCUUUGGGGAAUCCCUCCGCCCGCCAUGGUCUCCGCCUGGGCAGAAUUCUCCGAACCUGAUCUGGAGCCGCCUGAGCUGAAGCCGGCUCCUUCACCACCACCAACCUGCUCCGUACCAAGAAUCCCGCAGUGGGACCCGCCGGUCGCGCCUGCUUGCGGGUAAAAGAAAAGUUUCCCGAGAACCGUAACCCACCGAGGCGAAAGAGAGCACAGUAGCAGUAGAAGCAGUGGUAGUGACCUAAAGAUCUAGAAGGGAAGAGGCGGAAAUCGAUGCGCUAGGGGCGGCUCCUGAGCACAUGCCUCGUCGGUGGCCCCGAUCGGUGGCGGAGAUGGCGGUAUUCUCCCACUCGACGGGCAGAGGAUGCGGAGGAGGAGGAGGAGGUUCGGGAGGUCGAGGAGCGGCAGCGGCAUCGCAACGGCUGGUGGAGGCGGCGCAGCGCGGGGACGUGAGGGCUGCGGCGGAGUGCCUCGCGGACCCGGCGGUGGAUGUGAACCACGUCGGGGCGGUGUGCCUGCGGGGACGCCUGGUGGAGGUGGCUCUCCGUGAGGAGGCCGCCGACGAGGUCCGGGUGGAGUGGGAGGAGCUUCGCACCGACGCCUCCGCUCUCUUUCUCGCCGCCCAAGCAGGCGAUCUCCCCUUCGUCCGCACUCUCCUGGAGAAAGGCGCUGACGUGAACCAGAAGCUGUUCCGGGGCCACGCGAUAACGGCGGCGGUGAGGGAGGGCCACGCGGAGGUGGUGGAGGUGUUGCUGAAAGCCGGAGCAUCGCAGCCAGCAUGCGAGGAAGGGGUGGUGGAGGCGAGCCUGCACGGGAGGGCGCGGCUCGCGGAGCUUCUCAUGGGAUCCGAUCUCGUGCGCCCCCGCGUCGCCGUCCAUGCGCUCGUCUCGGCCGCCUCUCGGGGAUUCGUCGACGUUGUCGAUGGCCUCAUCAAGUGUGGAGUGGACGCGAACGCGACAUCUCGUUUGCUGCUACGUUCACUGAAGCCAGCGCUGCACACCAAUGUCGACUGCACCGCGCUCGUGGCCGCCAUCGUCGGCCGUCAGGCUGCCGUCGUCCGCCGGUUGUUACAGGCCGGAGCGCGGAUGGACGCGAAGGUGAGACUCGGUGCGUGGUCGUGGGACGCCGCCACCGGUGAGGAGUUCCGCGUCGGAGCCGGGCUCGCCGAGCCCUACACCCCCGCGUGGUGCGCCGUCGAGUACUUCGAGUCCACCGGCACCAUACUCCGCAUGCUCCUGCAGCACCACUCCCCUAAUGCUCCACAUCAUGGACGGACCCUCCUCCACCACGCCAUCCUCUGCGGCAACCCUCGAGCGGUCGACACCCUCUUGUCCUGCGGCGCCGACUGGGAGCUCCCGGUCAGGGCCGGCCGGAAGACCGAGUUCCGGCCGAUCCACAUGGCCGCGCGGCUCGGCCUGGCUUCCGUUAUGCAAGUCUUGGUCGAUAAGAGGUGCGACUUGAGCUCGACAACCGACGCCGGUGAGACGGCGCUGAUGCUAUGCGCACGCUACAAGCGCGGUGACUGCCUCAGAAUUCUUGCGUCGAGCGACGCCGAUCUCGGUCGAAAGAGCUUGGCCGGUGCCUCUGCUGCCGCAAUUGCUGCUUCCAGUAAUUGGAGCGUCGGCUUCCAACAUGCUGUCCUCGAUGUGAUUCGCUCGGGAACGGUUCCUAGAUCGAGCGAUCCAUCGGUCUUCUCCCCGAUCAUGUUCGCAGCCCAGCACGGAGACGUUGCGUCCUUGCAAGUGCUACUGACACAACCGGACAUCAACAUCGACCAACGGCGUGGGAAUGGGUACUCCCCUAUCAUGGUGGCGGCUAAAGAGGGUCACGUGGAAGCCUUCCGCGUCUUGGUCUUCGCUGGCGCUAACGUGAGGCUCCGCAGCGAGGCAGGAGAGACGGCCAUUGAUCUGUUCAGGCUGAACGAGAACCAUGAUAUGUUCGAGCAGGCGAUGCUCGAGCUCGCACUCGAGAAGGGGAGUGCCGGGGGGUUCCACGCUCUCCAUUUCGCGGCUCGGCGGGGCGACAUGGCCGCGCUGCGUCUCCUGACGAAGACGGGGUGGGACGUGAACGCCCUCGAUGGAGACGGCUACACACCGCUGAUGCUCGCCGCACGCGAAGGCCACGCGGAGGCAUGCCAUCUCUUGAUCCUCCAGGGCGCCAGGUGCGACGUCGAGACGCGCCGCGGCGAGACGGCGCUCUCGCUGGCGAGGAGCAACGCGAAGCUCGGCAAGGAAGCUGAGAGCGUAAUCCUGGACGAGCUGGCGCGGGCGCUGGUCGUGCGCGGCGGCCACGUGAAGAAGCACACGAGGCGCGGGAAAGGGCCGCCGCACGGGAAGGUGUUGAGGAUGGUGGCGGCGGCAAGGGUUCUGCGGUGGGGCAGCUCGGGGCGGAGGAACGUGGUGUGCAGGGAGGCGGAGGUGGGGGCGAGCCCGGCAUUCGUGAGGAACAGCAAAGGGAGGGGCGACGCCCGCGAGCCAGGGCUGUUCAGGGUGGUGACCACCCGGAAGCGGGAGGUGCACUUCGUGUGCGAGGGAGGGGAGGCGGCGGCCGAGCUAUGGGUGAGGGGGAUUAGGCUCGUGACGAGGGCGGCAUCGGCGAAGGGAGGGAGCGAGCUCAACUAGCGGUGGGAAGAAGAGUUGUGUGUUGCAUUGACUUCAUCUUGAAGUCAGAGCUCUGUUGGUAGGUUUCUGCUGUCACAUACCUUCAAGGUUAGAUGUCAGUCUUCUUGGGGUCUUAAGCAUGUAGAAAUGCAUCGCUCGUCUCGAGUGAAUCAAACUACUCUGUAGUAAAUAUAUAGGGCAUAAUUUAA